CAUUUCAAGAUGGCGGAGAACAGUAAGAAGAAGGCAAAAGAUAAUGAAUUAUUAAAACAAGAAGAAAUAAUUCGAGCUGUUAUCGUAGCUGAUAGCUUCGACGCGAGGUUUCAGCCCCUUACACAAAAUACUCCAAGGGUUCUUUUGCCUCUUGUGAACUGUCCUAUGCUGGAUUAUAUUUUAGAAUCAUUAUGUUUAUCUGGUGUUCAAGAAGUAUACGUUUUUUGUUGUGCAUUUGGUCAACAAGUAAAAAAUCAUAUUCAGAAAUCAAAAUGGUCUUCUCCAGUUUCUCCAAUGACAGUAACAACUAUUCUUUCAGAAACAUUUCUUUCAAUGGGAGAUGUUCUCCGGGAAUUAGAUUCUCAGGGAUUAAUUCGUACUGAUUUUAUUUUAAUAAAUGGUAAUGUUAUAUCAAAUCUACCCCUUGCAGAGAUUUUAGAAGAGCACAAGAGAAAUCGUCAAAAAGAUAAAGGUACUGUAAUGACUCUUGUAUACAGAACAGCUUUACCCAAACACCAUUCCAGAUGUUUAGAAGAUGAAGUUGUAGUAUGUGUAGAUAGAGAUACUAACAGAGUUUAUUUUUUACAAAAAGUUGGAAAUCAAAAGAAAAUUAAGUUUCCUUUGUCAAUAUUUCAAGAUCAUGGAAACAUUACAAUUAGACAUGAUUUACUAGAUUGUCAUAUCUGUAUUUGUUCUCCUCAAGUUCCAUUAUUAUAUUCAGAUAAUUUUGAUUAUCAAAACCAUGAAGAUUUUGUACGAGGUAUACUCUUCAAUGAAGAGAUUUUGGGUAACUCUAUAUAUCUUCAUGUUGCUGAAACUGGAUAUGCAGCACAGGUGUCAAAUUUUUUUAUGUAUGAUUCAAUCAGUCAAGAUAUUAUAAGAAGAUGGGUUCAUCCAAUUGUUCCUGAUGUGCUUGCAAUGAAUGGUGGACGUUAUAGUUACCUUCGUCAUAAUGUGUAUAAACAAAAAGAUAUUGAUCUUGCAAGGGGAUGUAUUCUUGAAAAAAAUGUUGUAAUUGCUCAAGGGACUAAAAUAGGAACAAAUACUAGAAUAUAUAAUUCUGUCAUUGGAUCAAAUUGUAAAAUAGGUAAUAAUGUCACAAUUGAAAAUUCAUAUUUAUGGAAUAAUGUAGAAAUUGGAGACAGCUGUAAUUUAAGAAAAUGUAUCUUGGCUGAUAAUGUUUUAAUAAAACAAAACGUGAAGAUUUUACCUGGUUGUGUGUUAUCAGAUAAGGUGAUUGUAGGACCAGAUAUUACACUUCCAGAAUGUACAUUAUUACAGUAUGAAUUUCUUGAAGAAUUGGAAGACUUUGCAGAGGAUAUUAUUUCUGAAACCCCCAAAGACAAUGCAUCAAAUGUAGCAUUAAUUGGAAUAGAAGGACAUGGUGUUUGCUACCAAAAAACCAAUAACAAUUUUCCUGAAAGUGAAAUAUUAGACAUCUGGGGACAGUCAAUAAAUUCUGAUGAUGAAAUGAGUUCUAUUGCAUCUUCUAAUGUUGAUGAAUUAUCUGAUGGUGUUAGUCCUGUUCCAGAUGAUACAAAUAUGUUUUAUGCAGAAGUACUGGAUAGUCUUCAACGUGGAGUAGAAGAAAAAAUUAAAUGUGAAAAUUUAAUUUUAGAAAUUAAUUCUUCAAAAUAUGCAUAUAAUGUCACUAUGAAAGAAGUUAACAUGCUUGUCAUGAAAGCUAUUUUAGAGUUACCAAAUCAGAAAUCAGAUGUAUCACCUCAAGAAUAUUUUUUAAAACUUAAACCAUUAUUACUACAAUUUAUGCCUUUGAUAAAAAAUUAUAUAAAAAGUGAAGAAUCUCAAAUGGAUUGUAUUAUUGCACUUGAGAUAUUUGCCAUUUCUAAUGAAAAUGAUAAAACAGCUUUAUUGAAAAUUUUACAUCUUUUAUAUGAAAAAGAUAUUUUACCAGAAGAAGUCAUUUUAAAAUGGUAUCAGCAUCCAUCUGUUUUAACAGAACAUGAUCCUGCACAACAAAAAGAUAUUAGGAAACAAAUUCAGCCAUUCAUUAAAUGGUUAAUGGAAGCCGAAGAGGAAUCCUCCGAAGAUUAAAUACAUCCUAAUGACAGUUGUUGAGCAUACUUAAAAUAUUUGAGGACAAAUAUUUAAUAAGGAUUCCAAUUGUUAAUGUGUUAAUUGUGUUCAAGACUUCACUCUUUUCAAGUCAAACAAAUAACUUGUUGAAGCCAAAAUAAUAUAAAAAUUUAAAUAUUAUGAAUUCUUUUUAAAAAUUUGAAAAAAAAUUUACUAAAAUCUCUUUAGUAUUAUGUUUGAAUAGUUAUUAUAUCAUACAAAACUUGAUAGUUUGAAAAAAUGGUGGACAAGAAAUUAUACUUCCUAUACAGUCCAAGCAUUCAAAUAUAAACAUUUGAAAGUAGAAUUUUUUACUCGUCAAUAUCAAUUAUAAUUUUAAAGAAGUAAAGAUAAUUAAAUAUUAUAAAGUUGUUUUUAUAUUAUAUAUCAUA